AUGUUGAGAAUACUUCAAGUUUUUGGAAUAGUUUUAAUAACACCCGACGAAACAGUUCAUCAAAAUUUGCGCAAUGUUGAUCCUGUGAGUUAUUUGUUACCGUUCAAAACUUUCAACCAUGACAAUGAAUAUUUGAGGCUUAUGAAAAGUGCCAGAAGCACUGGACCAGUUCACACAUACGUCAAGACUGAUAAAAACGCAAAUGUUAAAUGGGGAGUUCGUCAUUUUGUUGGAAAAAAAUACGCUUAG